AUGACAUCCCGCUCAGUGAUCGUUUUUGGACCAACCGGCGCAGUCGGCUCUGCGACAGCCCGCGCUGCUCGUCAGAACGGCGCCAAAGUUGCUCUAGCCAUGCGCGAUACCUCGAAGCCCAUCCCUGGUAUCGACUCCCCGGAGAAGACAGACGGGUACCAGCUCAUCCAGGCGGAUCUCUCACAACCCGACACCGUCCGCGCGGCCGUCUCCCAAACUGGCGCAAAACACGCCUUCAUCUAUAUGAUCUUCAACUCAUCCGACCACAUGCGUGCGAGCAUCGAAGCACUCAAAGACGCGGGAAUUGAAACAGUUGUCCUGCUCAGUAGCUUCGGUGUGCAGGGUGACCUGCGUGCCAUCUCCCCGGACGACUUGAUUUCGUACGCUCACGCGCAGGUGGAGAUCAACCUGGAGGAAGUCUUUGGAAAGGAGAAGUUCGUUGCGGUACGACCGGCGUUUUUUUCAAGCAACACCUUCUGGUGGGCGCGUCCGAUAGCCACCGAAGCCGAGGUGCAGGUUUCUUUCCCUGAGGUGAAGUUCGACUAUAUCUCGCCCGGUGAUAUUGGCGCCGUGUGCGGGACGUUCCUGUCCGGUGCUGCGCAGUUGGAUGAGCAGGACAAUUUUGUGUAUUUGGUUGGGCCGGAGAUGCUCUCGGUGCGCGAGGCCAUUGGGACCAUUGCGCGGGUCAUCGGGAAGGAUGUUACUGUUAAGACUGUCAGUGACGAGGAGUGUCUCCAGGCUUUGAUCACCAAGAAUCUCUCGGCGUACCAGGCGAAUAUUCAGAGAUAUCUUCAGCGGCCGUCGGCGAAGUUUGAGCAAUGGGUCGAGGAGAAUAAGGAGAAGUUUACUUGA